AACAAUAAUUUUCGAUUUAAAACCACACUAGAAGUCACCACAUCCCUCAUAUUACGUCAACAGCUGUCACCGGCCAAUACUGUCAAUCAUUGUUUACAUUUUUGACAGUUAUUAUUUUUCUUAGCAAUUUAGUCCCAGUUUGUCCCUAAUAAAUUAAAUGAUUUAAAUUUAACGUGGUGUAACCCGCCGGAAAAUGUUCAAAAACACAUUCCAAAGCGGUUUCCUGUCCAUUUUGUACAGUAUCGGCAGUAAACCGCUUCAAAUCUGGGAUAAAAAAGUGAAAAAUGGUCACAUCAAACGGAUAACUGACGAGGACAUUCAAUCUUUGGUGCUGGAAAUUGUGGGGUGUAACGUGAGCACCACGUAUAUUACGUGUCCCGCGGACCCCAGAAAGACUCUGGGAAUUAAACUGCCUUACUUAGUAAUGAUUGUUAAAAAUAUGAAGAAGUAUUUCACAUUUGAAGUUCAGAUUCUAGAUGAUAAACAUGUGAGAAGAAGAUUCAGGGCGAGUAACUAUCAGUCGACCACAAGAGUGAAACCCUUUAUUUGUACCAUGCCAAUGAGGUUAGACGAGGGUUGGAACCAAAUUCAAUUCAAUGUGGCAGAUUUCACCCGAAGGGCGUAUGGGACCAAUUAUGUGGAAACUUUAAGGGUGCAAGUGCAUGCGAACUGUCGGAUAAGGAGGGUAUAUUUCUCAGACAGAUUAUAUUCUGAAGACGAGUUACCGGCAGAAUUUAAGCUAUUUUUACCUAUACAGAACAAGAGCAGAUCCAAUGUGGCUGCAACUAGUUAAAAUUCAGAUGGUUAUUUUUAUAAUUGAGGCACUUUUGUGAUAUGAUCUUGAGUUUUUUUAACAAUUUUCGUCUUUAUUUCGUACUGAUAUAUUGUGUUUGAAUAAAUUAGUGAACAGA